CCCUUAUGCAGAAGAGUCCAUAUUGUCAGAUUCCUACGCCAUCAAUAAGUUUAGCCACCUAGCAUGUUCAGGGUGUACUGUGGAAACUUGUCACCGGCGGUCAACGAGGAAACGCUGCGUGACCUCUUUGAAGAACACGAUAUAGAAAUUGCCGGCAACGUUCUGGUGAAAAGAAACUACGCUUUCGUUGACUGUCCUGAUCAAGAAAACGUCGACAAAGCUAUUGAUAAAUUGAAUCAGUAUAAUUUGCUGGGAUCCGUCAUGCAGGUGGAACCAUCCAACUCCAGAAGAAGGAGGCCAUCCAACAAAAUACAGAUCAGAAACUUGCCUUCUCAUGUGACACGUGAAGAAACAGAAAGUCUUGUCUCUCCUUUUGGAAAUGUAGUGAAAUGUGAACAAGUUGGUGCAGAAGCUCUGGUCUAUGUUACAUUUGAGACUCCAGAACAGGCUCAACAAGCUGUUGCUGGUUUGAAUGGUUUUGAAUUCCAAGAUAGAAUGCUGAAAGUAGAUUUUGCUAACAACAGACCCCCUAUGAACAACAACAACAGAAGGAGAAUGAAUGGACAGAAUCAACAACAAAACAGGCAACCAGAAUUUCCUAUGAGAAUGUUGGUUGGCAGUGAGUUUGUUGGAGCUGUUAUAGGAAGACAAGGGCAGACAAUUCAUGGUAUUACAACUCAGACUAGGGCAAGAGUUGAUAUACAUAAGAGAGAACACUUGUCAUCAGACACAUUAGUCACAAUAAAAGGAAGUCCAGAAAGUUGUACAGAGGCAUGUAAAGAAAUUUACAAGGUCGUACAAACAGAAGCACAGUCAUUGAACAAAGGAGAAUAUCCUAUGAAGGUGUUAUGUCCAAAUAGUGUUUGUGGGAGAAUUAUUGGAAAGCAGGGAAAUGUCAUUAAAAAUUUCAUGGAACAAACAGGAGCUCACAUCAUUGUAUCUAGUGCCACAGACAUGAGUAAUUUUUACAUAGACAGAGUCAUUACAAUCACGGGUACCGUAGAUGCAUGCAGUAAAGCUGAAGCAUUGCUCAGUGAAAAAAUGAGAAAAUGUCUCGAUCAAGAUGCUCAAAGUUACAAUCAACAAAUGAAUAUGUUUGGUGGUAUGCCUCCAAUGGGUAUGAUGGGUCCAGGACCUAGUAAUAUGGGCUACCAAAACAUGAGGAAUUUCCCACCCUAUGGAAUGGAACAAGGAGGAGGAGGAGGAGGAAACUAUUAUCCAGGUAUUUAUGGGCAGGUACCAAACGUGCCUCCACAACAGGAGUUAGAAGUCACAUACCUCUACAUACCAGAAAACACAGUUGGAGCCGUUAUAGGCAGUAAAGGAUCAAAUAUUAAGGAGAUCAUGAGAUUAUCAAGUGCUCGCAUCAAGAUCCUUCCACAAAAAAAUGGAGAAAUGAAUGGUGAUAGAAAACAAGGAGGUCCUCAAAAUCAAAUGGAUGAAAGAAAAGUGAUAAUCACUGGAUCAGCUGAAUCACAAUGGAAGGCUCAGUUCUACAUCUUUGACAAAAUAAAGUCUGAAGGAGGUUUCGCUAGAAUUGAAGAGGUUCAUCUGCGAUCAGAAGUGAUGGUACCCAGGUCAAUGGUUGGAAGAAUCAUUGGUAAAGGUGGACAGAAUGUAAGAGAAAUGCAGAGAGUUAGUGGUGCUAUAGUUAAACUGCCAGAAGUCAACAGUCAACAAAAUCCACAAGAUGACUCUGAAGUCGCUGUUUCAAUUAUUGGACAUUUUUAUGCUAUGCAGCCAGCCAUCAGACGAAUCCGAUCUCUGGUUAAUCAGCGAGGAAACCAACAAGGAGGAAUGAUGGGUGGCCCAAUGGGCGGCAUGGGAGGUAUGGGAGGUCCACCACAACAGAGAAGACCCAGACGGGAACAAAAUGGAAAUUAAAUGAUUGAGAUUAAACAUAUGAUGUAUUACCUCCAUGUGAAGAUCGUUAAAAAGAAAAAUUAUUUGACUUGUUUUAAAAAGGCUUUAUUGUUGAUGUAUUGUUUCUCUCCCAGUAUAUAGCUCCAUUUUACAGGGGCUAGGGAGGUGUUAAAGGGCAUUAAUUAAUAGUAUUAUGGACGAUUCACUGGAGGUCGAUGAUAGAGGGAUGGGGGUCGUAGAGAUCAAAGGAAGGCCAUUGUUAUUUUUGUUUUGAAAAUAGCAUGGUCUUUUUGUAAUAGAAUUUAUUUUUGAUACUUGUUGAAAGCAUUUUUUUUUUGUUAUAAUUUUUAUGACCUGUUUUUAUGGGUGGUUUUUUGCCCAUAUGUUGACAAUUUAAAAAAAAAAAUGAUAAAAUUAGAAUUUUUAUUUCCAACUAAACUUCCACUUGUAUAGAAAAUUUGGUAACAAUUCUAUUCUGUUUCCUAAAUCACAGGUCUGACAAUUACACCAUAUUAUGUUACCAAUCAACAGAGGAUGCAUUUAUAUAAUUCUCAUCUGUUCAUUAAAGUACAUUAAGUUAAUCCUUCAUAUCUGUAUUGGGUUCCGGUGAGGGGAUCAAAAUAAGAUUUUGGGUUCAGUGCAAAUUAGAACAAGGGAAAGGGGCCUUUUUUAAAGUCAAAUCUUGCUAUUUGCAGGUAAAUAACUUUUAUUAUAUAUAAGAAGAUCAUUAUUUCUCAACCGAACUCCUAUGUAAAAGAUUUCAACUAUAAAGGCAUCUGGAUAUGACAUCAUACUAAUAAAAUGUUUGAUGAACAGUUGAGAAUUUACAAAUGUUACAACAUCCACUUUUCAACUAAGUAUUGAAAACUUUAUUUCAUUAUUACAAUUUUAUUUCUUCUCGACAACACACACACGUAUAACUGUCAACAUUUGAUUUCUUCUGUUAUCACUGGAUAAUAAGAAGUAACAUGGCAAACUAUCAAAUGUAGCAACACUGACAGAAGUCUCACUUACAUCAGACAGGCAUCUCACAAGUCGCAAUUCUGUGUGUGACCACUGCAAUGUUUACUAUUGUUAAUGAUUUUUGAUUAAAGUAAUUGGCACAAGAUAAAGCCAUGAAAAAAUGUUCAACAAUUUUGAAGUGUUCACAUACAAAAUAUUGAUGACUAAAGUUUUAUCGACGAAUAUACAACAAACAUUGUUGCAUUUAUAUAACAUCAGUCAUAAUAAUUAUCUACCUUGAGAGGUAUGAAGGAACAUCAUAUUAUCUGACAUGGCCACACAUCUAUUCAGAUAAUAUGUUGAUCAAAAAUAUUCAAAACUACAUAUAUACAAGACUUGCAUGAAGUGAAUGAUAAAUUCAUUCUACUACAAGUCCUGCUGUAUAUGACAAUUUAAAAAAUUGCCGACUUUUUCAUUGUCAAAUUAAUGUACAUCGUAUAUCUGCAACCAAAAAAGACUUGAUAAUGGAAAAGUUAGCAUUACAAUGAUUUCUCAUUGGGAGAAAAUGAUGAGCCUAUUUUAAACAGUUUGUGUAAUAAUUGUCAGGAUUUCUACUGUAAUUCAAAGGUUUUGUCAAGUUCUAUUUGCCACAUGCAUUUCAGAGUUGAUUUAUUGUUAAAGAGUUUGAAAAUAAUUCAGUAACUGGAAAUGUGAGACUAUACUAAAAAGGACUAUUUAAAGUGCAAUAGAAAUUUGUCAUAAUUUGCAGCAACAUAAAGCCGAAUCAUGUCAUCCAACUUAUGCAAACUUUUGUAAUUUUCUAUGACUUUACUAACAUCAGUUGAUUAGAAAUUUUGACAAUUAUCAAAUUUUGAAAACAUUGUUAUAUAUAAAUUUGAUACUUUGGUGGUACCAGCUGAACAAUUGCUGAAUGUGAAGUAUUUACUUUGUAUGGGAAAUAAUUUAAUCAUGAAACUGGAUACAUGUACUGGGUAAUAUAAAUGAUUGUAAACAAUUCAUUUUGAUACAUGUACUGAGAAUUGUAAAAAAAUUUAAUACUUCACAUGAAUUCCACCUCAGCAUGUGAAAUAUCCAUUGUUUUAGCAAACAUUGGCUGCAUUGUAAAUAGCAGUCUUUUUUUCAGUCGUUUGUUUCUUGGUGUUAUUCAUUAAUGUUUUUUUAAAGUUAAAUAGUUACCUUUAUACAGUUUGGUGAUCCUCAGCAGUGAACUAAAAUUACUUCUGAAUAGUUUGAUAUUCUGUUAACUUUAUAUGUACAUUUUGAUGGGACAUUUAGUCCUUGCCGUAAAAAUAUACACACAAAAUAAUUAAAAUCAGAGUAAUUAUAGGCCACUGCUAAGAUAAGCUCUCAAUUGGAGCUCCUGAACAUGUUUUUAUACUUUAUCUGUCUGUCAAUCUAUAUAUACAAUACUGAUAAAGAUGAACAUGUUUUUGAAUGUACAGAUUUCUUGUAAACUUUUAUGGUUCUUUACAGGUUAUAUACUGCGUGAUUUAAUUUUCCCCUUUUUUAAUUUUCAAAGAAUUGUACUGAGCCAAGUCUAGAAAGCUAAUUCUUCUCGGACAGAAGUAUCAUUGUAUUUGUACAAGGCCAGUAAUUCUUGGUAUCUUUAGUAUAUGUUUAUUAUUUAGUGUACAAUAUUGUCUUAAUACUUUAUUUCUGUAAAAGAGAAAAUGCCAGCUUUGUAAAGGGAAGUUUUUAUACUGAAUCCUAUUGCUCUAUUAGACCUUUUUAAAAGAUAUUUUACUAGUUUCUUGACUUAUGUCAGCAAUUUUCAAUUUAAGACAGAUUAGUCCAGUAUUAACUGACUUUGUUGUUAUAGUGACGUAUUUCAUUCAUCCAAAAUAGUCCAUCAAUGCUUCAUAAAGUUCAAAACUACGACAUACUGUAAACUGUUGGGUUGAGUUUGUCUAAAGAAAAAUUUCCUUUUACACUGUUGUUAAGUUUUAUCUACCUCAUUUAAAGGGAUGUGUAUUUUACAAGGAGGACUGCAUUUUCUCUUUACAAUCAUAUACAGACUUGGCUCAACAUAGACGUUUUUCAGUUUUAUAUAUAACCACUGUAGUUUUCGUCCUCCGUAUUAAAAGUAGUUCAGUAAUAGAUAACACACAGCCAUUUCAGAUCUAAUGUCAUCCAAAACGCUACAACACCUUAUGUUAUUUGUUAAAGGUGUUUACAAUCGUAAUACUCUAAUGCAGUUUCUAUUAGAUUAAAUCAACAUUACCAUGUCCAUGUAUGUUUGCAAACAUAUUUUCUUUAGGGACAUAACUUCUGCAAAUGGUAGAUUUAUUAUACAAUUUAUAUAUAUUGAUGAUUCAGUGCAACUAUUGAAUACAAAAGUAAUUACUUCAAUAUUUGUUUAUUUAACAAAUGAACAUAUCUGAUAAUUGGUGCACAGGAUGACAUUGGAUUCUGGACGAGCUACAGUUUAAUGCAUGUUUUGUCAAGUUGCCACGGCUAAACUGUAUUAAAUAUCUGAACAGUUUCUCAUUUCUGCCGGAAAUAAAGUAUUCUAGUUA